AAAAAGAAAAAGGCGUAGAAUCUUCCCAACUCGUGGGAGAAAAACUAUACAAUGCCACUGUUGAUGUUAUUCACACAAUUCAGAGUCCUUGUACAGUGCAGAGCUUAGAGAGAGAUUUUAAAGACUACACCAACAAAUAAUAAUGCUACUGUAUGGUAAUGGGAAAUAAUGCUGGUUUGAGAAACGAUGGAACAGGCUGUUCUGGAGCUAAGAAUUUGGAAGACAACCAUGACCAUUUAAUGGCCUCAACACAAGGUUAUGGGAUGGUACCUAUGCCCAUUGUUCAUUGUCCCCCCCAUAACCACAUAGCCUACCAGCCACCUUUCAUUUUUAAUCCAGAGGUGCUUGUGACUCCCAUGCCAACGCUUCGUCAGUUUAUACAGUCCCAAGUGCAUGCAUUGCCACAAAGCACAAUGGAUAGUAAAGAAGAACUCAUUGGAAAAUUGAUUUUUGUCAAGAUCACAUGGAACUAUGGUGGCAAUUCAGUAGGUCUUGUGGGGUCAUGGAGCAACUGGCAGACUAUGGAGUUGUUGGAACAUGCAGUAAAAAAUGCAACGGUAACCAUGGCGCUCCCAGUUGGAAUCCAUUACUACUGUUUUAUUGUUGAUGGAGUGUUGACAUACGCUUCAAACUUGGAUUGGAUCUGUGAUAAUUAUGGAGAUCACUAUAAUAUCUUAUAUUUACUGGAGGAUGUCCUUCAAGCGCCUGCAAAUGGUUUUGCAAAUCUGUCUGAUUUUGAAUCUCCUCCUUCCCCACCUUCAAGUUAUGACAACAAAUUUUUUACUGACAAAGAUUUUUAUUAUAGAACCAAAGAAGGUAACAUUUGCGAGAUUCAACCACCAGAACUACCCCCACAGCUAGAAGAAGCUAUAUUGGAUAUGCCAUCAUGCUCCUUUGAUGUUUACCAUUCUCUACCAAGGCCUCAAUUUUCACAAGUAAAUCAUCUAUACGGUCACAAAGAAAACGAAGAUCAGUAUGUGACAGUCAGCUCUACAGAGAGGUUUGCUGAUAAGUAUAUUACCACAAUAUUAUACAAGCCCGCCUUUAAAACCAAACCACCAUGAACUUCUCUUAUUUUUCCUUUAUAUAUUUCAAGAUUUAGAUUUAUUUAACAUCAGUGACUUUGGUUAGGAAAAAUUAUUUGGUCCUCCAACUGUUGGACAAAGUUCAAUUUAAUCCUUCAAUUAUUAAUUGUGUUAA